UGAAAAUCUGAAUAUACUGUUAAUCGAAAGUCAUUAACACACAUCCCAUCACGACGCACAGUUCAAAAUACAGUUACAGAUUUGCGACUUCUCUCAUUUCAAUGCCCUCAGUUCUCGAUAUUAGUGCCAUAUAGUUCGCCGACUUGAAAUAAAUGAAAAUGAGGACCACGUUUUUAUUGUUGAAUGUUUGUAUUGUAGGCUGUUUAGGAUUAUUCAACGAGCCCAAUAAUCCGCAGUACACAUUACAAGGUCUGAAUGGUUUUGGUUUCAACAAUGGUAUUAACUCUUUGAUAAAUCCUUUCGAAUCAAGAAGAAGAUGCCCAGAAUGUGAUCGUUCAGUUUUUAGCUACUGUGGAGACAAACUUUUUCACGAUUCCUGUUGCUGCAGUAAUCCUAACAAUCCCUAUGAACAAUUACCACGACAGUGCUAUUACGCCGACUGUAGUUUUCUUCAUGCUAACUCUUGUAGGGAACAUAAGCUAAUCACUGCAUGUUGUUGUGUUAAAAAAUGAUAACUUUACUUUUGUGAUAUUCUAUUUAGCCAUUAAAUAUUUAUUUCCACAA